CGGCAGAUCAAACAAGCGUAAACGUGAUAUAGAGGCCCAACUGAUAGAGUAUAUGAAAGCUCCAAUUCCGUCUCCAACUGUAACUGCACCUCCAGAAAUCAAUCCGGAUAGAAGUUUUUUUGAAAGCCUUCUUCCAUCCGUGAGUGCUUUCACUGAAGACCAGAAGCUGGAGUUUCGUUGUGAAGUGCUGAACACCAUAAAGCGUUUAAGAAUGUCUCAACACAGUACACAAUUUAUCCCGCAAUGUAAUGUGCGUCAACAGGAAAGGUACACUGGAUAUGCAGCAACCAUUUCCACAUAUCAAUCACAGCCUCAUCAACUAACUCCAUCCCGACAACAUGUUCCUCGACUAACUGAACUCCGACCAUUCUCCUUUUCGACACCUCAUGUAGCAUCUGCUACAUUGUCUCAACCCUCUCCUACAUGGUCUCAACCCUCUCCUGCAUGGUCUGGACCCUCUCCUACAUGGUCUCAGACCUCUACGGCAUUGUCUCAGCCCUAUACCAGUGGUCUAAUUACACAACCAAUCUCUCCAUCAGAUGGUUCCGUAAGCCUGGACGUUGACCGUGAAGAAGAAAGUAUUGAACUGUACUGCGGCAGCGGGUAG